AUGUCGUCUUUGAAUUUAUCCCGGCAUCGAAAGAGAGCAAUCAUAUGUCGCGUGCUGGCAUGCACAUUGACUGCUACCCUUCUCUGUCUUGUAUUUUUUCCUUUCUCCGUCAGUGCGGCUUCCAUCAUACCCCCAAACAGCAGGCAAGAAGACACACAGGAUGUGCCUGAGCCUGGAAUACAUGAGAUUCUACGUCGAUCAAGCGAGGAUGAUCGUCCGAAGCAGGAAUACCCCAGUCCAGCCCAAGGGAAGCAGCAGCCUUUACUAGAAGAGCCACAAGAGGCCAAGCAGGAUGAGAACUACCCGAGCGAGGAGCAGGAUGAGAACUACCCCAGUGACGAGCAAUUGGUGGAGCAAUCCGCCUCGCAGAGAAGCGAGGCGAAUGCGGACAUCGCAAGUGCCAUGAGCUACAUAUCCACCCUUUUCCCCGAUGAGCUACAAUUAAAGGGACUACUCGCUCCCUUUGCUGAAACCGGCGAAGCACAUGUCCGCGAUCUUGCAUUACGAGUGAGGAUAUUCAAAAAGGCAUUCGAGGCGUGGGAAGCUCUGCACCUAGUCCAAAACAAGGGCUCCAUGUACCAACAGGAUGUCAUCCAGAGGCUACGUCAACUAGACCUGCCAUCUGUAAACCUCCGAAAGUCCAUCCAGAUAUAUGAUCGAUUCAGGUCGUAUAUCAAUAAGAUGGCGGACCAUCUGUUCCCCUGGACAGGCGCCUACUUUCCUGACCACAUGUCUCUGCAUGCUGCACUCUACAGUGGUGGUCGAGGCAUCGUCAUCACAGCUGGAAACGAUCAGGCAAAGUUCCUUCUUACAUCCAUUCCCUCAUUCCGGCAACUGGGCUGCCAGCUCCCAAUCGAAGUGUUGUAUCUUGGUGAUGGCGAUCUGGACGAAGAGUGGAGAGACAAGCUAGAAGCCAUGCCGGGAGUCAUCACUCGUGAUCUGUCCCACAUGAUCAACGAUGUUGGCUGGACUUUGAAAGCAAAACCCUUCGCAAUGCUCAUGUCCUCUUUCCGAGAAGUACUCUUCAUCGACGCAGACGCCCUUUUCUUCGUCGAUCCCGAAAUACUGUUCGAAGACGAAGAAUAUAUCCAGACGGGCGCUCUAUUCUUCACCGAUCGAAAUCUCUCGCCACAGGAUGACAAAAGAGCAUGGUUGAGACAGGUGCUACCUAAACCCAUCUCCGACAAGGUGCAGCGGAAUAACCGACUAUGGACUGGUGAGAGCGUCCACAUGCAGGACUCCGGCGUGGUUCUGGUCGACAAGUGGAGACAUUUCGUGCCUAUGCUGUUGACUACAAGACUGAAUGGGCCUGAUCGCGAUGGAAAUCCCGAGCAGGGUAAGAGAGGCAUCUAUGACAUGGUGUACGGAGACAAGGAGACAUUCUGGCUUAGCUGGGAGUUGGCUGGAGAUCCGGGAUACUCCUUUCAUGACAGUGUGGCUGGCAGCAUGGGUACGCUGGAAACGGAGCAAGACAUUGAGGAGUCGUUGACGCCGCUUAAAGCUCAUCUUGCGAGGGAAAGCGCUUCCAGGAGGAGGCCGAAGCUGAAUCCAGUUGAUGUGGAAACUGAGAGCGACGUACCACCUCUGCCAACCCCGGACACUACGAACACCCCAAAGAUCCCAACAUUGUGUUCCCCUCAACUACUCCAUUUCGACAGAGCAGGCAAGCCAUUAUGGUGGAAUGGCUGGAUCGCAACCAGCAAAUUCAAGGAAGAUCAUGGAAAAAUGCAGACCUUUGAUGUAUAUGUCAAGGAACCGACACAAGUCUUGAGACCUGAGAAUCGGGACCGAUGGGAUGUUCGAGCUUCCAAUGUGGUUUGUCUACAAUCUGACGAUGUUACACCUUUUACGAAGGAAGAGCAUGGUGUAUUGGAGAUGAUUAUGGAGAUUGCUAGGGAGAAUACCCCGGAAUGA